GUUCAGUUUCAGAAGCUUCAGCAACUGCGCCUCACACAGUACCACGGAGGCUCCUUACCAAACGUGAGCCAGCUGCGGAGCAGCGCCUCAGAGUUUCAGCCAUCAUUUCACCAGGCUGACAAUGUCCGUGGGACCCGGCACCACGGGCUGGUGGAGAGGCCAGCCAGGAACCGCUUCCACCCACUGCACCGAAGGCCCGCAGACAAGCCGGGGCGGCAGUUUGACGGUAGUACAUUUGGAGCCAAUUACUCUUCACAGCCCCUGGAUGAGAGCUGGCCAAGGCAGCAGCCUCCUUGGAAAGAAGAAAAGCAUCCUGGGUUCAGAUUAACGUCUGCUCUUAACAGGACCAAUUCCGAUUCUGCUCUUCACACGAGUGCACUGAGCACCAAGCCCCAGGACCCCUAUGGAGGAGGGGGCCCAUCGGCCUGGCCUGGCCCGUACAUGGGUUUCUGUGAUGGGGAAAAUGAUGGGCCCGGGGAAGUGCCAUUCCCUGGCCCGUUGAAAGAAGAAAAUCUGUUAAAUGUCCCGAAGCCACUGCCAAAGCAACUAUGGGAGACCAAGGAGAUCCAGUCCCUGUCAGGGCGCCCUCGGUCCUGUGAUGUCACAGGUAGCAAUGCACUCCCCCAUAAUGGGCAAAACAUAGGCCUCUCGCCCUUCCUGGGAAGCCUGAACACAGGAGGGUCCCUGCCAGAUCUGACCAACCUCCACUGCUCCACGCCACUGCCAGCCUCUCUGGAACCUAGCGACCACCUCCUGGGCAGUGUGAGCGUGGGGAGCAGUGUGGGCAACCUCCCUGCUGCCAUGACUCACCUGGGCUUAAGAGGCUCCUCUGGUCUGCAGAGUUCUCGGAGUAACCCCUCCAUCCAAGCCACACUUAAUAAGAUAGCGCUUUCCUCUUCCCUGAAUAGCCACCCGCAGACAUCUGUUACCAGUGUGUCUGCUCUGCACCCUUCCCUGCGUCUGUUUUCCCUUAGCAACCCGUCUCUCCCCACCACAAACCUGAGCGGCCCCUCAAGGCGCCGGCAGCCUCCCGUCAGCCCCCUCACACUGUCUCCCGGCCCAGAAGCACAACAAGGCUUCAGCAGACAGUUCUCUUCCACCAGCCCGCUGAACCCGUACCCCGCCUCCCAGAUGGUGUCCUCAGAGCAAAGCCCACUGUCCUUCUUGCCUUCUGAAGCGCAGGCUCAAGUGUCCCCGCCACCCCAUUACCCCACGCCCCAGGAGCUCCCGCAGCCUCUCUUGCCACAGCCCCGCUCCCAGGAGCCCCCUGCUCCCCAACCCCAGGCCUCCUCAUCCCUGCCCCCAUCAGACUUCCAGCUUCUCCCUUCCCAGGGCACAUCUUUGAACAACUUCUUCCCAGAUGUGGGCUUUGACCAGCAGUCUGUGAGGCCAGGCCCAGCUUUUCCCCCACAGGUGCCCCUGGCACAGCAAGGUCACCGAGAGGCACAGGACUCAUUUCACUUGAGACCAAACCUGUAUUCCAACUGUGGGAACUUCCCGAAUGCCAUCAUGACGGAAGAUUCCAGCACCAGCCUGUUCAAAGACCUCAGCAGCGCACUGGCAGGCAUGCCCGAGGUCAGCCUGAACAUGGACACUGCAUUUCCGCUGGAAGAGGAACUGCAGAUUGAACCCCUGAGCCUAGACGGACUCAGUAUGCUGAGUGACUCUGGCAUGGGUCUGCUCGACCCCUCUGUGGAAGAGACGUUUCGCGCUGACCGACUGUGAGCAGGCAGCCACAGCAGGAAGAUUUCUGAACUUGCUAAACUAGAGUGGAAUAGAUUGGAGCCAGUAACCCGCUAGGACUUUAGUUAUCUCCACACAGAGGGUGCCUGUUCCUCAGCACCAGGCUUUCGUGUGGUCCCCUCUCGGAUGCCGUGGCUUCUGUAGACACAGAGCUACAUCCUGCCUCUUGGGCCUGCACACACAUUGUGUUGCUGCUCUGGAGCUUCUGGGGAACUGGAAAGCUCGUUGUCCCCUGAUGCUUCCAUCUUUUUACUGGCCACGUAGUCGGUCUGUGUGUAAAAGUAGAAAAUCCCACGUAACAGGAGGCCUUGGUAGCAUUGUGUCAUGCUCAGAACCACUGAUCUUGGUCCACACUGAAGAUAGCCUGGCAUGGGAGGUCGUCGGGCCCUGACCACGGAGCUGGCUCGGCAUCACUUGGUACUGGAGCGCCACACCGCCCUCUCCGACCCGGCCAUGAAAGUGAGGUGCCUUCCAGGUGGUGCCUUCCCAGGGCUUUAUCCAGAGCCAUGCCAGCAAGCCACGGCUCUCAGGCGCCUCACUUACCGUAUGAAGAACUUUAGCCACCAGGCCGAGGACAGGCUUGAGUCAGGCAAACCGAAUGCUAGUUUGUUUUCUCCCAGUCUGUAAUCUCUUUUUUGCUGCUUUACACCUUUUCCUUAAGGACAGGAGGAAAAGGAAGACUGUUUUAUUUAGUCACGGAAAAGGUCCCCUGGCAGUGGAUGAGCUGCACUCCUUCUGGAGGCUGAGGAAGAAAGGGCACUGCAGGCAGCCCGAAGACACGGGACAGCUCCAGACAAGCACAGGCUUCCCUCCCCGCAGGCAGCUGGGGCGCCCCUAGCUCUGAGCUCCUGCUCUCUGGGGUGGGAGUUUCCUGUAACCUUGCCCGACCACAAGCUCCCAGAGGGCAGAGACUGUGCCUUAUUCCUCAUCAAGCUUCUAGAACCUAAUAAGUGCCUGGUACGGAAACCGUGCCGCAUAGCUGCGUGUGGGGUGCACGCAUCAGUCUGCCCGGUGGUGAGGUGAUCUCUCCUGGAGCUGCCCCGUUCCCCACCAGGGCCUCUGAGCUUAGCUUUCCUCAUGCUGGUGCCUGUGCUCAACUCACCAUGCACUUUACUAUGCUUCUAACACUAGAAGGCCGGAUCCACAGGAGAGGCCUCCUUCUCCUUGGGGUUCUGCAUCACGGCAGAAGGCGGGGAUUGCUGCCGAGUGGAUCCGGAAUGGCUGAGCAAGCCCAGGCCUCCCCAGGGCUGGCACCUGCACAUCCUCAGGGGGCCUCCGCUUCCUGAGAGCGCCUUUCUCACAUCCAUGCUCUGCUCUAAGUUGCUUAAAAUAGAGAUUUGUGCUGUGAGGUUAGAACAAUAAGUUCAUAGUAAACGCAGGCCUAAUCCAUGGAACUAUCAUUAACUCAUUAGUGCCUCAUUAUGCAGUGAUAGGAGCAAGCACAUUACCAGCAGUGCCUGCCUCCACAAACCGAGCCUGGGAAUGGGACCCCUGGUGUCCAGCAGCCAUGCAGAGAGCAGCCAGGUGGGGUGGGGAGCCCUGAAGGAUGAGGGGUUACAUGCCCGAGCUCUGGGCCCGAGGAUGUGAAGGAGACAACACCCCGUGCCCUUGGCAAGGGGGUGUUCCCAUCCCCGCCUUUGAGCUCACCAGCCCUUGCCCAUUUCUCUUCUGUCUCCAGAGGCCUGACCUCUGAACUUCCCAUCAACUCGGUGGUGCGCCACUCCACCUCCUCAGAACCCGACUCUUCCUGUCUGCCUGUUUGCCUGGGUCUCUGCCUCUGAGUUAGGAGGUCAUUCUGGAGUCUUCCUUGCCUGAUUUCUGCCCAGGAAGGAGCUGUUGGCCUCCUCUGCAAGGCAUAUUCCCAGUUAAACCCCCAGAGCCCUCCACACUUGAGACCGCAGAGCAGGGAACUCUGUUACGGUAAAAGGGCUUUCAGCUGGGAAAUUACCCAGCACCCCGGUGUGCCAGCAGAAGCCAGCUCCUGUGUCAGAGGCCCCUGGAAGGGGAUGUUGCCAGUCAGGUGCCAGUGUUAUAGGACUGGUGUUUUUUGCAGAAAGGAAGUCCCAGCAUAAUCUGCUCUCUGCAUAGUGCCUUACUUACCCUUGGGCACCAUUGUGUCACGGUGCCCGUCUGCUUUGCACGGCAGUCCUGCCAUCCCCUUCCCUACCCCAAGGCCCACAAGAGGAGUUACGCUGUGGGGACCGUGGGAGGGUGGGUGCCCUGGGAAGGUGGUACCGAGGAUAGUGUGAUUUAGCAGUGAAUUAAAUUUACCCCAGGGCCCUCCCUCUGAUCCUUUCUUAUGAAGGUUUUGGGCAGUGUACAGCCCACCGUGCUGAACAGGGUUGAGGACACACCAGGUCUGGUGUCGCCCUGUCUUGGGCUUACGCCUGUGCUCUCUGCUGCCUUCGGAGCUAACCAGCUGUGCUCCUCAGCAUCAGAAGUGGCUCCAGACUUCGGAAAAGGCUAUUUUUAAUAUUUCAUUUUAUCAAAAGAAAUCAGUCCUACUACUUUUGUUUACUAGCAGUUAAACAGCAUAGAACUAAAAGCCUCUCUGUGUUUCCAUUUCUUUUUCCUUAUUGUUGUGUUUAAGACAUAGGGCAUUAGGAGAAGCAUGUCCUGAUCAUGUCAGGGCCCCACCCGUUGUCCACGGCCCAUGUCAUUUCUGUCUGGCGUGUGUCACCUGAGCUGAGACGUUGCAUGUCCAGGUCCACGUGCGCCUCGAAAGACACUUCGCCCUGACUGCCCACGGCGUUUCUGACCCGUGUGCACAUGGUUCCGAGCCAGCGCGGCCCCAUGCUUUGUGGGCUCUACCACGGCAGCGGCUAGUCAGACUUCCCACCAGCGUCCUAACUCCCAGGGCCCCUUGUUAAACAAUAUUUAAAGAUUGGAUUUUGUAUAAAGUAGCUUCGAAGUUUUAUAAUGCAUCAUUUUACAUCUUUCAUAAUUAAAAGCGGCACAGUAAAGCAGG